AGCCAGUCCGCAUCUCGGUUGUCGCAACGGUGUCUUAAGCGACAGGAUCCCACUGCCCUUGCUUACGGAUAUGAUGCUACUGUCCCCAUGGCGUGGUCUGCCGUGAGUGCCAGAACGGAGUAUGAUUGCUCCCCAGCCGUUAUGUCCUUCUCAGCUUCUUGUCUGUCGAUCAGCAGCCCAGAAAGAUCCGCGAAAGGCAUGCUAGUUUGACGCCAUGACGGUCGGAAGGGUUGUCACUAUCGGGGGACGCCUCCGGAGACUCCAUGAAACAUGGUAUAAUCCUAUGUAGGCUGAUGAAGCCUUCGCCACCCUCGCAGUGAAAACAGCGUCACCGCAAGCUCAGAGGACCCUCUGCACAUCCCAUUCUCAAAACGUGAAGAAAAUACGACGAACCCAGAAUCCAGCAUUGUAACUUGGGUCGUGACAUGUCGGCAAUUAUUGCUGGCUGGGAGAAGCUGAAUUGUAUCAGGUCGCGGUAUGGAAAGGCUAUCUCCAUGUUGUGCAGAGCUGGUGGCGGCACAUCUCCAAGCGCACCCGUCCUCAAGGCUAGAGCGGAAUUGGGAAGUGGAUGGAGGAUACAGACAACGAAGGCAAUGCUCACUCCGGAAGGUGGCGCGGAAGAUGUUCAGACGGACAGGCCGAGCGAGGCGUUCAACGUCGAACACCAUCACGCAUCGGAAGACGAAUCAGACGUGGAUCCGGAGGUGGCUGCCGCAGAGUACACUGCCAACAAUGCUGCGAACCUCAAGCCGUUUAUCAGAUCGGGCUUGAAAAAAAUUUGCAAACAUAAGGUCCCGUUCCGUCUCCUUGCCACAAGCUUUCAUCCAUAAGAAUGCUGAAGGAGCACAACACGACUCCCAUGACCGGUGUCUGGAAGAAGAUGUGGCGCGGGCUGUCAGUGAGCGACAAGCUUGCUCUCGAGCAGCAGAUCGUUUAUACGGUUCAUGUAUGCACUCUGAGCGACG